ACAACUUCCUGGACUGGGGAUCCCGGCUAAAUAUAGCUGUUUCUCUGUCUUACAACACAGGCUCCAGUAUAUAAAUCAGGCAAAUUCCCCAUUUGAGCAUGAACUUCUGAAAACGGCCUGCAUCUAAGGUCUCCUCCAAGGCCCUCUGGAGUCCAGCCCAUAAUGAAGGUCUUGGCCGCAGGUAAAUCCACGCGCCGGGCGCCGAUUGCGAGCGAGUCCCCGCUGCGGACGCGCCGGCAGCCUGGGGCGCUGGGCGAGCACCCGCGGGACACCCGCCCGCCGCGCCACUCGGACACUUGGGGCGCCCGCGCAGUCCCGGGCCAGCCGGAGGCGCUGGGUGGCGGCCGGGAGCGAGCGCCGCACAUGGCCCGGGCACCGCGCGCCCAGCCCGCCGGGGCCAGCAGGUUGGCGGCGAGGGACCCGGACGGCGCAGCCUUGCUCCAGCGCCUCCUCUCCUCGCCCCACUGCUCUCCCGCGCUGCUCUUGCUUCUCCGCUGUCGCCCGGAUUCACCCUCCCUCUUUCUUUUUCUUUCUUUCUUUCCGCUUUCUCUUUUCCAACUGCGUCCCGGGCUGCUCCUUGGGAGGGGCGCAGGCGGCUGAGCAGCUUGCAAACUCCGGCCAGGACCGGCGCAGGUGCCGCUUCCGUCUGCUAGUCCCUGGAAAGCUGUGAUUGGCGCGAGGAGUUGUGCCCUUACUGCUGGUUCUGCACUGGAAACACGGGGCAGGGAGUCCCCUUCCCAUCACCCCUGUGAACGCCACCUGUGCCACACGCCACCCGUGCCACGGCAACCUCAUGAACCAGAUCAAGAAUCAACUGACACAGCUCAAUGGUAGUGCCAACGCGCUCUUCAUUUCCUACUACACAGCUCAAGGGGAGCCGUUUCCCAACAACGUGGACAAGCUGUGUGGGCCCAACAUGACAGAUUUCCCGCCUUUCCACGCCAAUGGGACAGAGAAGACCAAGUUGGUGGAGCUGUAUCGGAUGGUGGCGUACCUGAGUGCCUCCCUGGGUAACAUCACCCGGGAUCAGAAGAUCCUGAACCCCGGUGCCCUGAGCCUACACAGCAAGCUCAACACUACUAUAGACAUCAUGCGUGGGCUCCUCAGCAACGUGCUGUGCCGGUUGUGCAACAAAUACCGCGUGGGCCACGUGGACGUGACCUACGGCCCUGACACCUCCAGCAAAGAUGUCUUCCAAAAGAAAAAGUUGGGCUGCCAGCUCCUGGGGACAUACAAGCAAGUCAUUAGCGUGGUGGCCCAGGCCUUCUAGACAGGGAGGUCUUGAGUAUGCCAUGGACUGAAGGAUUUCAGGAGCAGGAUCCAGAUGCGGGGAGGGGGGCGGGACUCAAAGUGUGCUGGGGUUCAGGGCAUUGCUAAACCCAAAGGGGACUGCUGGCAGACCCCAGGGAUUUCUAGCCACUCAUUGAACUCUGGGCUGGGCCAUGAUGGAGUCCAGCAAAGCUUGAACCUUCCAUCGGCAGGGCCUCCAUAUAGCCCAGCGCCAGCUAGAAAUAGCAACAAGAGUGUUGGAUUGACUAAGUGUGAUUGGGUGACGAGGUUAAGUGGGAGAGACUUCUGUCCCACCAACUCCCUCAGGCCCUUGUUCACUAGGCGUGUGAACAAGAUGCACACAUUGUCUACAGCGGAGAGCAAAGGUCUGAGGAGUCUCCUGGCCCCCCUGGAGAGUGACCACCACCUGGGCCUUUGCUGUCCCUUCGAGAGACUUUGGAAGGCUUGGUUGGAAUGUGUGCGGGCCAGAGGGUCCAGAAGGACUCCUUAUCUUUUUGAAAUUUUGUGGGUGGAAGACAGAGAAGGUACCCUGUGAUGGAAUGUAUCUUCUCUUGGGUUUGAUUAGAGAAUUCAGGCUUAGGGAUUGUCAUGUUAGGUGGAAGAUUCUGGAAGGUCAUUGGUGUGCAGGCUCCUAGGGAAGAAGCAAGGCCAUCUUCAGGUCUGGAAAGGAAGUCCCUGGAAGAGGAUGAGCCCAUCAAAGUCCGAUGGGCUCAUUCUUUUCUCUGUAGUCUCCCCCACAGCCUGGAUGGUUGGGGUCUCCUAGCUGGACCUAGAGGUGGGGUGUGCGCAGGAGGGAAGACGUAGGUUGCAAAGGCAGGUGAGGUGUUCAAUAGGUCCCCAGAGUCCUCCCAGGGGAGGAUCUCUAACUCUGGGAGCCAGGGAAGGAGCAAGCCGCCAUGCUGGGGUGGUAGCGGACUCCAGGUUUCAUCUGCUUUUAUUGACCCUGGAGAACAGGUGAUCCUAAACAGACAGACUGGUAGCUUAGAGUAGAAGGUCAUGUCUGAGGCCCUGGAGGUCACACAAAGGUACUUGAGGGGACCAGAGGCUGCCUUGGGUCCCUAGAGCAUGGAAAAGCUGAACUUGAGGUCAGGGUCUCAGGGAAGCUAGAGACCCUAGAGCGCUGUGUGUGAUCCAGUGCUGCUGUCUAUUUAUUACUAUAUCCUAUUUAUGUUAACUUAUUGGUGCUUUAAAUGGCAAAGUUAAUUCCCCGAAACAGUAUGAGGCCCCUUACGUGGGAGCUGGGGUCGAGCCUCACCUAGUGGGGUUUGGUCUGGGAGCUGAUGAUGUUAUAGGUAGAAUAAGCCUCAUGGGUGAAGCCUAGAGAAGGGUCAAGAUCAAAGAGCUGGCUAGCUCCCCUGCCUCACUCACACUGUGACUCACUUUGAGGGUGUCAGGGUCCCCCAGAAGGAGCUGAGCCACUGUGUGGAGUGGCUGAUUCCCCCCCCCCUUUCUGCUCUCCAGUGGGGUGGAGCCAUUUGUGGUGGUUGUUGUUUUGUCCCACGGUGCUCUCUGGCGCCCCCUGGAUUCCGGCUGUGUGUCACACCAUUCAUAAUGAAAUGAAUGGCCCUGGAACCUUGGGCAAAGCGGAUUCUUCGUUCCUCAAAGAGCAGCUGAAGAGCACUGAGACGUCCUGACCGGGGGGACCCCGCGUGCUUCCACCCCACCCAGCAUGGAAGCUCCUCGGGUGGCCUGAACACCCACAGAAUGCAGGAAGUUGGGGCAGUGCAGGCCCUGAACUGGGCCUGAACGGCUGCCCAGUGCUCCGGAGAAGGCGAGAGCAAAGCCUGAGACGCCUGGGACGCAGACCAGGAAGCUGUGGUCCUUGCUUCAUCGCUGCCUUCCCACUCCCGCCCAUGUCUGGGCUUCCAGGCAGGGAAUCCGAUCUGAUCUCUCCUUUGUGCUGGGGCCAGGCAAGCAGAGGAACGCCCUCGAUCUGGGAGCAGGGUAGCGAGGAAGGCAGCCAAGCUGGGGCAGUGGCUGCCUGCAGCACUAGCUGCUGCCUCUCAGCCUCCGAGCAGGGCGGUCCUUAGCAGUUUGGCCGCAGGAUUCUGCUGCAUGCAUUUUUGCACCUUUUUCCGUCAUUCUCCAAGCACUUUACCUGGACGGCAGGAGGCUAGCCCCUGAAGCUCUGGGUAGGACAAGGCCUGGAACCGUGCGCGGGAGCAGCCAGGAGACUCACAGGUGGUGUAUGUGGCCCCGCUCUCCUGCGGCUGCAUCAGGCCCAGCUCAGGACUUUGGAGGAGGCUGCCCUUCUCCAAACCGAGAGGCAACUUGUCGAAAAGCCAAGAUGAUUCCACAGCUGGGGCCUGCUGGGUCUUGCCAUCACUUCACAUUCCUAUGGGCAUGGAUUCCCUGGGCUCAGCCCACCUGGCAGCUUUCAAGGUUCAGGGACCAAUGGACUCUUCUUCCUCUGUGUGCACAGCCCCUGGCUCCACAAUGCAACCGCCAUCUGCCUACAUCUGACUCCAGCAGUACCGAGACAUUUUUGCACAGCAUCCCAGAAUCAUGGAGCCUUUGGGAAAACAAAACAAAAA